GGGAGGAAAGUAAGACGCUGCGCUGCCUGAACACUGGUUUAUGCUGUAUUUCACUGUGCCACUUAACAUCUGCUCUGAGAUGUCAGCGUCGGUCUCCCUGGGUUCUUCUUUGAGACUGUAAUGAACUAUAGCCUGUAAUUUCUCACAGUACAAAACAGGAAUUGCUGUUAUGCUAUUUGUCUCAGAUUGGAAGUUAUUACAUGAUUGUAAAUGUUACUGGAUGUGUAAAGAGGGCAUGCACUGUAAUGGCAGACGACAAAAAACGGGGUAAUGCCUCAUAAAUCGUCACCGAUGAAGUGAAGCGUGCUUCUGGCGUUCAGAUGUAGGUUACUGUGAUCAGCCACCAUAUGCCACUUUAACAUCCUGCCUGAAGUCAACAAACACACACACAAACUCACGUCAACCUUGGCUCACCCGAUUUCCAUUCAGAAUAUACCUCUUCCUCUCUUUCUCUCUCUCUCUGUGAGUGUGUGGCGCCAUAGUGAAAAACACUGCAGUUCUUUCAGCCAGUCAGUCAGAGCCAGUAGCCUACACACAGUGUCUCUCUCCCUCAUUCAGCGCCUGGCUCGCUCUCCCUCUAUGCUCAGCACAUGCUGCUACUCGCCUCCUCACUGCAUCUGUCCUCUUCUCCCUGAAGUGAGGUACCAUGCAUCCUGCUUUCUCCUCCUCCUCCUCCUCCUCCUCCUCCUCUUCUCCGCUUGUCUGUUACCAUUCCAGGGUCCCUUUAUCAAACAGAGCGUUCUUGCUGCAAAGCCAGGGACCAUAAGAGCUGUGUUACUUGCUCGAAGGACUUUGGAGACGGGACAACGCUGUUUGCCGGGUCUGAGGACAGCUGCUGGAAACGCUGCUGCCCGCUUUCUGUUGGGAUGCGGAUCUUUGGGGGCCUCUGCUUGCUGUGUGACAACGCUUGAUUCCUUCUCAAAGUUGCAGGACGGCACACGUCAAUCAAGAAUCUCAUCUCUUGUUUCUCAGAGAACGCUGACGACUCGCUGUGUGUGGAGUCAGACCGGCACAGGAUCCCCGUCUCCACUCCUCACACACUGACCAGGACUGCACUGCUGCUAUGUGCGAUCUCGACGUAACAUCAGCUUGAGAUUCUUCUCCUCAAAAGAAACUGAACAAUCUCAUGCUCCCGUCAUUCCUGCCUGUGAUUUCCAUAUGAGAUUCAGCAGCUCCAGGCAGAACUGGCCGGGACCACUGACUUUCAACUUCACAUAAGAACAACAAGGACAAAAUCUACGGACAGAAAAAAAAAAGACUGUUAAGGACGCAAACAAAACCUUGUUUGUCUCGGAGCAGCUCUAGUGGCCUUUGCCAACAGCCAUGCAGGUGUCCUUUGCAUGUACGGACCACGGGCUGAAGGCCCCGCGUAACGGCGAGCAUAGCAAGCAGAACGCCACCAGCCCCAACACAGCCAGCAAGGCCCGUGCCCGCUUCCGCACCGUGGCCCUGAUAGCUCGCAGCCUGGGCUCCUUCACCCACCGCUACCACCACAACCUCAAGGAGUCCACCGCCAAGCUCACCGGCAUGAAGUAUCGGAACCUGGGGAAAUCUGGGUUGCGUGUCUCCUGUCUGGGGCUUGGCACAUGGGUAACAUUUGGAGGUCAAAUCUCUGAUGAGGUGGCAGAGCAGCUGAUGACUAUCGCCUACGAGAGCGGGGUCAACCUGUUCGACACGGCUGAAGUCUACUCCGGAGGGAAAGCAGAGAUAAUCUUGGGAAACAUCAUCAAGAAAAAGUGCUGGAGGAGAUCCAGCCUGGUGAUCACAACAAAGCUCUACUGGGGUGGAAAAGCAGAGACAGAGAGAGGCCUCAACAGAAAGCACAUCAUUGAAGGUUUAAAGGGCUCCCUCCAGAGGAUGCAACUCGAGUAUGUGGACGUGGUUUUCGCCAACCGGCCAGACAGCAACACUCCGAUGGAGGAGAUAGUGAGAUCGAUGACGCAUGUGAUCAACCAGGGGAUGUCCAUGUACUGGGGGACGUCCCGCUGGUCCGCCAUGGAGAUCAUGGAAGCGUACUCUGUGGCCAGGCAGUUUAAUCUAAUUCCACCGGUGUGUGAGCAGGCAGAGUAUCACUUCUUCCAGAGGGACAAAGUGGAAUCUCAGCUGCCGGAGCUCUACCACAAGAUAGGUGUGGGUGUGGUGUCUUGGUCACCUUUGGCCUGUGGAAUCAUCACCGGAAAGUACGAGAACGGCAUCCCAGAAACCUCCAGGGCCUCAAUGAAGCCAUACCAGUGGUUGAGGGAGAAAAUAAUGAGUGAGGAUGGGAGAAAACAACAAGCCAAGCUAAAGGACCUGACUCAUAUCGCAGAGAAGGUCGGUUGUACUUUGCCGCAGCUAGCCAUAGCCUGGUGCCUGAGGAACGAGGGAGUGAGCUCAGUGCUGCUGGGAUCCUCCAAUCCAAUCCAGCUAACAGAGAACCUGGGAGCCAUUCAGGUAAUUCCAAAGAUGACACCAGGCAUUGCCACAGAAGUGGAUCAUAUACUGGGAAACCGUCCUCACAGUAAAAAGGACUACCACCAUUAGGAUGGACCCUGUUUUAGUGAACUAUGCUCCAAAAAAGCCUCUCAAAGCUCACUUCUCACAGCCAUGGCACCAUAAGUGCGUGCCCAACUUGUGCUUGUGUGCGCGUAUGACUGUAUGUGUGACUGUGUAAAGUGUUCUGCUUGGCUCCUUGUCUGUUUGAAGAUCAACCAGUACUCAUUAUCGUAAAGUGAGCUACUUGACAAAAACAUGCAUGCUACAGCUAUAGCAGCCGGCCACUGGACUGAACAACAGUUAGAAGAUCCAGCCAGAUGGUUUCUGGAGCGAACUUCUCUUCCACUCCAAAAAGCUGCCGAACCACAAAUUUAAAGAAGCAUAAGAUUAGAUUACGGAGAAAUAGAUCACUGCACAAUCAAUCUGAUUGACAACUAACAUGUGCUAGUUAACAAACAAUCAUAAUUUUCUGAAUAAGGGUGUCAUUGCAUCAAGAAAAGAAAACAUAAGAGCCAUUUAUUGCCUCACACAAGUAUCACAUACGAUCAUGGCAGUGCAGUAAAUACAUGAAAACAGAUUAGGUGUAUAAAAAAAUAUACCCAAUGUUACAGAACUCUACUAGAUGUUUGUGAUGUGAAGAAAACAAAUCAAUGAUGACGUGUUUAAUUGGGUCUCAGCAGACUGGAUGAUAUGCUUACACUUGCCAUUGCAGCUGGAGCUGGCCUGUCAACAUGAUGAAUUAUUUCAGUAUUGGAUUAUCUGAAAUUCUGCUCACAAUGUUGUCGCCAAAACCAAGAGAGCUAAGUUAAACUGAAAUAUGUUUCAAAACAUCUGUACUGACUGUUAUAUAUAUUUUCCUCAUUAAGCAGCUAUGUCAGAAUGAGCUUUUCAUCUCCUUGUGUUGUAUUUUUCACUUAUGCAAAAGUACAGCAUAGUGUACUUCCCUAUUGUGCCCCCUUUAACCCAUUUUAAUUUAGACUAUGCCAGACUUUCUAUCAGUAAGGAUGAUGUCUGAUCCAUUUAAUUUCAGUCUGUGUUGUGGCUAAAACUUCUGUCUAGUUGAAGUUGGUGGGAGCUUGUGAAUUUAACAAACAAAAGCCAUGUAGCUAAUGAAGAUACUCAGUAAAAGCAGUCAUUGCACCGGGAACUCUUAUCCAACUUCUCUCAGAUGCCAGUUUUACAUAAUGGGAUGAUCUUUAUGUUAUGUUCUGUCUGUAAAAAUAUGUAUUUUAGUGUCCUCCUUUAUCAGAUUUGUACAUAAGAAUAAAAAUCUUAUAAUUCUCAUGUGAUAUGUUUUAGAAGAUCUAUAGUAAUUUUUCUAUUAAUGUUAUGGAUGCCUUCUAAUUUUCGCCCCUUAACGAAUUGAAAUAACAAAGCUAGAGUAGACUUAUUUGUUUGCUGAGUUAAAUUGUAAGAAAAGUCUGUAACUUGAAACACUCUGCCGUAGUUACUGCUGUUUGCUGUUGGGGUUUGUCUGUGUCUUCCUGUUUUAUAAUAAAAUAAUGUGUGAAUUAUU